AAACCUCACAGGAAAUAGAACUAAUCAUUUUCCGGUCAACGCUUGAGGCCCGUCCCACCAGUCUGUGCCAUCUUGUAUUUAGCAAGAACAAAAACGGUGUAAAAUACAGUUCCAGCCUUGGGAUGGGUGUAGAUUUUAAGAAGAAUUUUAAGAGUAGAUUUUAAAGAUGUCUGGUGUGACGGGACAAUAUGCUUAGGAGUGGAACACCGCGGAGGAACAACAGCCACACCCCGCACAACAGUUAAUGUUAACGUUACAAGCUAUCAAAACUAAGCUAACCAGUUAGCUAAGGCUAGUAACCUAGUAAAGAUAGAGAGACAACUGGCGAGCGUAAAGUUCAUAUUUGAGCCAGUGGAAUUUGAGAACAGUUAACUGUUCUCUGUCGGUCGGAAAUCAAGAGGAACGUCUGUCGAAAUGGGCCAAACGUCGUGUUGAGUAUUUGCUGAGAGGAAACCCGGGCUAUGAGGAUAGAGGCUUGCUAGCUUGGCUGCUACCAGUUGUUUUUCGUUCCAGAGCGGAACCACAAUAAGUCGCGGCCUGGCCAUGCCCUCGAAUGCACGGGCAGGCAAUCUGAAAGACCCAGAGGUGGCAGAUCUGUUCUGCAAAGAUGAUCCGGAGAAGCUCUUCACUGACCUUCGUGAGAUUGGCCAUGGCAGCUUUGGAGCUGUGUACUUUGCCCGAGAUGUGCGCAACAAUGAGGUGGUGGCCAUCAAGAAAAUGUCCUACAGUGGCAAGCAGACAAAUGAGAAAUGGCAGGACAUCAUUAAAGAAGUGAAGUUCCUGCAGAAACUUCGCCACCCUAACACUAUUGAAUAUCAGGGGUGUUACCUGAAAGAGCACACAGCAUGGCUGGUGAUGGAGUACUGUCUCGGCUCAGCUUCAGACCUCCUCGAAGUUCACAAAAAGCCACUCCAGGAAGUUGAAAUAGCUGCUAUUACCCAUGGUGCACUGCAGGGAUUAGCAUAUCUUCACUCUCACAAUAUGAUUCACAGGGAUGUGAAAGCGGGCAACAUCCUGCUGACGGAACCUGGUCAGGUCAAACUGGGGGACUUUGGUUCUGCUUCAAUUGUGGCUCCCGCCAACUCCUUUGUGGGGACACCCUACUGGAUGGCUCCAGAGGUGAUCUUGGCCAUGGACGAGGGCCAGUAUGACGGCAAGGUGGACGUCUGGUCGCUGGGUAUCACCUGCAUAGAGCUGGCUGAAAGGAAGCCCCCACUGUUCAAUAUGAAUGCUAUGAGUGCCUUAUACCAUAUUGCUCAGAAUGAAAGCCCUGUCCUCCAGUCCAAUCACUGGUCUGAUUCCUUCCGCAACUUUGUUGACUCAUGCCUACAGAAGAUUCCCCAGGACCGGCCUACCUCCGACGUGCUGCUGAAUCAUCGGUUCUUGUGUCGUGAGCGUCCGUUGACAGUGAUCAUGGACCUGAUCGCACGGACCAAGGACGCAGUGCGGGAGCUGGAUAACCUGCAAUACCGCAAGAUGAAGAAGAUUCUCUUCCAGGAGACCCAGCAGAAUGGCCCUGUGACUGAGGGAGGAGAGGAUGAGGAGGAGGUGGAGCAGUACCUCUUAAGGACAGGCACAGUCAACAGCAUGGAGAGCUCCCAGUCAGUUCCCAGUAUGUCCAUCUCAGCCAGUUCCCAAAGCAGCUCAGUCAACAGCCUGGCUGAUGCCUCUGACGACAGCGGCAGCGAGAUGGCCAUGAUGCAGGAGGGCGAGCACACCGUGACUUCCAACAGCUCCAUCAUCCACCGGCCCACGGGUCAGGAUAACAUCUAUGAUGACCCCUACCAGCCAGAGAUGGAUCAACCUCAGGCUCCCUCAGCAGGCCGUCGUCGAACCUACUAUCGCAACCGCGACCACUUCGCCACCAUCCGAACCGCCUCCUUGGUGACCCGUCAGAUCCAGGAACAUGAGCAGGGCUCGGCGUUGCGAGAGCAGAUGUCAGGAUACAAACGUAUGAGGCGGCAGCACCAAAAGCAGCUGAUGGGGCUGGAGAACAAGCUGAAGGCGGAGAUGGAUGAGCACCAGCUGAAACUGGACAAAGAACUGGAGAAUCAGAGGAACAACUUCUCCACUGAGGCUGACAAGCUGUCCAAGAAGCACCAGGCCAUCCUGGAGAAAGAGACGAAAGCAGCUCUGGCAGAGGAGAAGAAGUUCCAACAGCACAUACUGGGCCAGCAGAAGAAAGAACUGACCAGUUUACUGGAGUCACAGAAGCGUCAGUAUCGCCAGCGCAAAGAGCAGCUCAAAGAGGAGCUGAGUGAGAAUCAGUCGACUCCGAAGCGUGAGAAGCAGGAGUGGUUGAUCCGUCAGAAGGAGUGUCUGCAGCAGAUGCAGGCAGAGGAGGAGGCCAACCUGCUCAGGAGGCAGAGGCAGUACUAUGAGCUGCAGUGUCGCCAGUACAAGAGGAAGAUGCUAUUGGCUCGCCACAACCUGGAGCAGGACCUACUCAGAGAGGACCUGAACAAAAAGCAGACCCAGAAGGAUCUGGAGUGUGCCAUGCUGUUGCGGCACCACGAGUCUACCCAGGAACUGGAGUUCAGGCAGCUGAGCUUGGUGCAGCGUACACGGGCUGAACUAAUCCGAACACAGCACCAGACUGAACUGACAAACCAAAUGGAAUACAACAAGCGCCGCGAACAAGAACUUCGACAGAAACAUGCCAUGGAGGUCCGACAACAGCCCAAAAGUCUCAAGUCCAAAGAGCUGCAAAUCAAGCGUCAGUUCCAGGAGACCUGUAAGAUCCAGACUCGUCAAUACAAAGCUUUGAGGAACCACCUGCUGGAGAGCACUCCCAAAUCUGACCAUAAAGCCGUCCUCAAACGCCUCAAAGAGGAGCAAACACGUAAGCUGGCCAUCCUGGCUGAGCAGUACGACCACUCCAUCAACGACAUGCUGUCCACACAGGCUCUACGGCUGGAUGAGACCCAGGAGGCUGAGUACCAGGUGCUGCGGAUGCAGCUGCAGCAGGAGCUGGAGCUGCUGAACGCCUACCAGAGCAAGAUCAAGAUCCACACAGACACCCAGCAUGAUCGGGAGGUGAAGGACCUGGAGCAGAGGGUGUCGAUUCGUCGAGCGCUGCUGGAGCAAAGGAUCGAAGAGGAGAUGCUCUCUCUGCAGAACGAACGUUCAGAGAGAAUCCGGACUUUGCUUGAGCGUCAGGCUCAUGAGAUCGAGGCCUUCGACUCAGAGAGCAUGCGCCUUGGCUUUAGCAACAUGGCACUGACUGGCAUCCCGGCUGAGGCCUUCAACCAGGGCUACCCAACACCCAGCCCCUCAUCAAGCUCCAGUGGCUGGCCAUCUCGGCCCGUCCCCCGCUUUUUUGAGCCACAGCGUACAGAACUCAGUGACAACUCCUCCUGGCGCACUCAAAACCACAGUGGAUUAGGUUUUACCCGCACUGAGUCCAUUACCUCCUCCCAUGGCCUUGGCAGGGACAGUGAGCUGAACAAGAGCAGCAGGGGCCACUCCUCCUCUUCCUCCUCCUCUUCCUCCCACCACCAGCAGCACUACCUCCCACAGCACUACCAACAUCACCAGAGCACUCCACAGCUGUACCGCGACAGCUAUGACCGUGACACCCGGGAACGUGAACGGGCCAGGGAGUGGGUGGGAGGAGUUGGGGGCCACUACUCCCAUCAGUCCCAGGGCCACCACCACCUCACCUCUCAUGCCUCUUCUCAGUCUCUGGCUCUCCUGCCUCCCCCACCUCCACCUCCCCCCAUUUCCUUGUCUUCCUCUUCUCCUCCCUCCUCUGCCUCAUCCUCGUCAUCAUCACAGGGAGGCUAUGGAGGCGGGGGUCUGAGUGUCAGGGGCCCCAGUCUAUUGGCCCUGAGAAACAGCCCCCAGCCACUGAGGAGGACAGCCUCUGGGGGGCCGGGCAGCGGGGGUAGUGAUGGAGGGCUUAGCCGCAGUACAUCAGUCACUUCUCACAUUUCUAACGGCUCUCACCUCUCCUACUCAUAAAACCAAGUUCUAUUCUCUGCUCCGAUCUGUGAGGGCUACAAGGUGUUUGAGCCAAAUACACAGGACAGUGGCAGAAUUUCACCCAUUUUAGAGUGAGAGAUGGAGUUUUUAGCAGCUUUUAAAGGCUUCAGACAACUGUAGUAGGGUCAUUCAGUUGUUUAACCCCCACCCCCGAUUUUAAAAGUGUCGAUUUUAAGAUCUCCUUCCUUAAAGUGUUCUUAAUGCACAAGGAAAGAAAGAGAGCAUUUCUUUGAGCUAUCCAGUUCUUAAUAAGCAGUAGAGAUUUUAUUAUACAGGAACAUACAGGUAUUAAAAUAGUCAGGAUUACCGUUGCACAUUAACAUUGAUGAAACAAAAGAAAAUCAGAUACAAAUAACAGGUGUUUGUGUGAAAAUGAACCGUGUUGUAAAGAAGCUUUAUUUUUUUAUUGUCAUUGUAACAUUGUGACAUGUACAACGAAGUUUUGUUUGGAGCCGGGGGCCCCAGGCUGCUGCGUACAUACGUGCUGCCGUCACGGGCAACUUGGGGGGGUUCAGUGUCUUGCCCAAGGACACUUUGACAUGUGGACUGCAAGCACCGAAAUUCGAACCCUCAAAAUGAACAAGUCGAAAUGUAAGAUUCACAAAAAAAACAAUUGCGUCAAUUUGUUCAUUUUGUAGCACAUUGAACCCAUUUCACAGUGUUGACUUGGUAGUGAGGGGAUUUAACUGCAGGAGACACGAGUUGCGGUUUGAGGUUAAUGUUUUAGCUGAGACCUUCAGGUGUUCAGUGUCACAGAGCAGGUGUAAACUAAGAUUUGGGGGAGGAGUUGUCAGUUCAGUUUGUAUUGAACUGAACAGCGAGUGACAGUUGCGGAGCUUCCACUUGGCUAGAGGUCCUUUAAAAACCACUGUAAUUAUGUAAAUAAUGGUAAAGUGUAAAUGUAGAUUUUGACUUGUUUCAUAUGUUCAGUGGGGGAUGGGAGGGGCAACACUGGUGAGUCGACCAAGAAGAGAUUUCUUAAAAACACACACCUUUUAUUUGUAGUUGUAAGAUUCUGUAUGACAAUAGAAAAAUACUGCCAUCUCUCUGUUUGGCUGACCUGAGGCAACUUUACCACUGCCCUUUAAUCUCCGUAAAGAAGCAUUCCAACAUUUUGUGGAUAUGUACUGCAGUCCAAACUCGAGUCACGAGGGAAGAUUUAGAUUCAUUGCUUUGAUCUCUGAGUGUUCAGUACAGAACCAUCUCCAUGGUUUAGCUUAGUGCAGAGAUUGGAAGCAAGUGGGCGAUACUAGCCUUCAACAACUUCCAAACUGUCACGUUUACACACUGUGUGUAACCAACGAGUGCAGAAUGAGACAUUAUAGCUUUACUGCAUUGAGUUAGGUGGUAAGAAAAAACAACUGGGUGCAGAGAUCUUGAUAAAGUUGUCAGCCUUGGGCACUUUUUUCUUCUCUCAAUAAGACCCAGGAUAGAGUGGACACACCCAGGAUAAAAUCCUUUGUCAAAGUAUUUUAUAUUGUUGUAUCAAUGUAUCACAUUUUCUAUUGGAAACGGGUUACAGCUGAUGUUACAAGACAGGGUUUCUGUUUUUGGGUAGUCCAACAAAUUAAAUACCUGACACUGAUACAAAAAUCAUAGUGUCUAUUAUUUGAUUCUUAAGCUGUCUAAAUACUCCCUGACAGCUACAGAAAUAAACCUUGGUGUACAUGUAGUGUUGGGUGGGAAUCACUGACCUUGUACACAAAGAGAUAUUCAAAGUAUAGGUACCACGGUGUAAAGAUAGCAUCCCAUGAUAGACAAAUUUAUAUGAACACAUUGUCAUAUCACCUACCUCUAACCUCAGGGGAUUCUUGAAGGGAUCAAUUUCUAUAAAGGUACAACAUGGAAUUGAGAUUGAUUUGAAGCUGUUACAAAGCUCUUUUAUGGUUUAUUUGUUUCCUCCCUGCUUCUAGUUGUCAUGUGAAGCCGUGCUAAACACAUCCUGGGCCCUUUUCUGUACUGGACACAAACAUGAAGUCAGUCUUCUCACUUGACACUUGUUAAAAUGGCAAUCAGUAAAUCCUCCAAGAUGUCUGUGUGAGCCUUUAAAGGGAUGUUGCCACAGAGCGUUUUUGUGUGAGCCGAGCACUAAAUCUGUAUGUGCGUGUGUGUGUGUCUGUGCAGUGCUGACACCUUACCUGCACCUGUCUUCUGACAGUUUGUAUGCAUUUGUAGAUCAGAUGUACAUGUGCAUUACAAAUUAGUACAAUUCAGUGCAUGGAACUUAUGUACAGACAGCGUUUAUAUGACUUAACAUGCACACUACCUAUUUAUAGAAAUGCAUAUAAAUGUAAGAUACCUGUGCACAUGUGACAGGUAUACUGAAGAUUGUUCACUGUCCAAAUACUUUGACUUGCAUUGUACUUACAAGUGUACAUAGAAGCUCUAACUCUGAGACUGUGUUAGAGUAAUAAUAAUAAUAAUGAUUUUGUCAAGCCAGUUAAACCGAUUUCCGCUAGAUCCAGACAAAUAGAUGCCAUUAUUAUUAUUACUACUACUACUACUACUGCAGUUGAAAUAUUUAUGUUGUAUGCUAAUUUCUAAGGUUUUAAAGCAUAAUGCCAAUUUUCACCACUAGGUGGGGAAUAAGCGCAAUGUUACUGUGAUAGAGAUAUAAACAAUUAUUAAUGUUUCUGAGAAUGAUAAAAAGACUACCUUUCCCAGCAUUCCUGUCAAGGUCUCAGGGUAGGAGUCUAUGGUUCUGGGCAGGGCUGCGUUUUACCUUUUAUUAUUGAGCCAGUAUUAAAACAUGGCGUGUCCACAGUCGUACUGACAGACGGACAUAUUUCCAGAUUCUUUCUCUACGUUUGGUGCCAUUUUGAAAAAAGUUUAUUUUAUAUUUCACCCUCUUUACUUUGUGAAGGACCUUCCCAAAACACUGUAAACUGCAGAAUAUGGAGCCCAAAAGAGUGUUCAGUGUUAGGUAAAUAUAAAAGACAUUAUGAUGUAGAUAAUUGUGUGAGCAGAUUUUGUAAAAAGAUAUAUAAACAAAUGAGAAAGUAAUUGAGGAAAUAAUUAACUAGACUCUUGAAUGACAUUUUAUUUAAUCCAUGUCCACAAGGGGAUAUAAUUGGAUAUAAAUGUACACAUUUUUAUUUCAAAAGUCAUCUUAUUUUCUAAUGGCAUUUUCCCAGUAACAGUUGUAUGUCUUGUAGGGCUGCAUCUAACGAUUAUUUUCACUAUUGAUUUAUCCUUUUGUAAAUCUUAUUUUCUCAGUGAGCUGAUGGAUCAUGACCAAACUGAUUAUUUGAUUAUCAAUUAUUUGAUUAUUAAUGUGGCUCACUGAACAAUCCUCCGUGUCCAGAGAUCGGGUCGUC